CACAGCACUACUGUUCCACGCAGCUAUUCAGGCAGGGAUCUCAAGUAUCCAAGACGCUUCUUCAAUGUCACCUUAAUAUAUUAAUAGCCUAAACAGGUAUAUAUAAAGCAAUGCUGGAGUCUAAUGUUUCUUGAGGCAGUGAUAAUGUCAUUGAGAUCUCCAUCUUGAAAUCUUUCAGAACGCCAAGAAUCCGUAGCCUCUUCAUAUCAUCUCUACCACCGGAAUUACCAUGAAAAACAACAAGGCUUCACGGCUGCUCGCAGCCUAUCUAUAUCUCGGAGCAACUGGUGUCGUAGCACAGCAACAGACCACCUGGGGGCAAUGCGGAGGAAUAGGCUACAGUGGUCCAACGAGCUGUACUUCGGGGACGAGCUGCUCAACAUUGAACUCAUAUUACGCCCAAUGUAUCCCUGCUACUGGCAUUAUCACAAGCACUCGGACCACUCUUGCAUCAACAUCAGCAACAACAACUACAUCAGCAUCAAGAACCACCUCAGCAACUUCAAUUCCCCCGCCUAGCUCGGGCGUCCGGUUUGCAGGUAUCAACAUUGCUGGGUUCGACUUCAGUUGCUCAACCGAUGGAACUUGCAAUGUAUCUGGUGCCUAUCCGCCACUCAAGAAUUAUGAUGGCGCAAACAACUAUCCAGAUGGUGUUGGUCAGAUGCAACACUUUGUGAAGGACGAUGGUUUCAAUAUUUUCCGCUUGCCCGUCAGCUGGCAGUAUCUGGUGAAUGCCAACCUUGGCGGCACCUUGGACGCCACCAAUCUGGGCUAUUAUGAUCAACUCGUCCAGGGAUGUCUUGCAACGGGUGCAUACUGCAUCAUCGACAUCCACAACUAUGCUCGCUGGAAUGGCAAGAUCAUUGGCCAGGGAGGCCCUACAAACGCUCAAUUUGUUAGCCUUUGGACCCAAAUAGCGACCAAGUAUGCCUCGGAACCCAGGAUAUGGUUUGGUACUAUGAAUGAGCCGCACGAUGUUAACAUCACCACCUGGGCGGGUACCGUACAGGCUGUUGUUACUGCAAUCCGUAAUGCGGGUGCUGCCUCACAAUACAUCUCACUUCCGGGCACUGACUAUCAAUCCGCUGGACAAAUCAUAUCUGAUGGUGGUGCAGCGGCUCUAUCUAUCAUCAAGAACCCAGACGGCUCAACAACCAACCUGAUCUUCGAUGUUCACAAGUACCUGGACUCGGAUAACUCUGGUACCAACUCGAUCUGUGUUACGGACAAUGUCGACAGUGCAUUCGCGCCAUUGGCUACCUGGCUUCGUACGAACAAGCGUCAAGCUAUUCUGACCGAGACUGGUGGUGGCAAUACUCCGUCGUGCGAACAGUACAUGUGCCAGCAGAUCCAAUACCUCAACCAGAACGCCGAUGUUUAUAUGGGAUAUGUUGGAUGGGCUGCGGGCUCGUUCGAUCCAGGAUACCCGCUGGCUGAGACUCCGGUUCAGGCUUCAAGCGGUGCCUGGACUGAUCAGCCUCUGGUGUCGAUGUGCCUUGCCCGUUGAUGAAAUUUUGCAUAUAACACAGAUAUAGGCAGUCUGUAUAAGAUGACUGUCAAUUCCGAUAUGUAUAUAUAUGGUAGAUUGAUAAGAAGCAUGCUGC